AGCCAAAAACAUACUCCCUCUGCCUGGAAAAAACACUCUCCACCUUCGCUCGCUUCUCUCCCAACACCACUGGUGCCUGUGCGGCUGAGCCCGAAGCCCCUGACUUCUUGUCCCUUCUUCGUUGCUUCUGCCCGCCCGAAUUCUCCCCAGGCAUGGAUGAUGUUGACAUAGAAUUGGAUGAAAUGUCGUUAGUUGCAGCGGCUGCUGGUUAUUACUACUACAAUUGUAUAAGCAAGAACCCUAGUCAUGCUUUGUCCUCUAAAGGGUCUGGGUUCAUGGCUGAAUUACUCAAUGGCCCCGAGGAUGUGUGCAGGGAUAUGCUUAGGAUGGAUAAGCAUGUCUUCCAAAAGCUAUGUGAUGUUCUUCGACAAAGAGGCAUGUUGCGUGACACAUCUGGUGUCAGUAUAGAGGAGCAGCUGGCAAUCUUUUUGAGUAUUGUUGGCCAUAGUGAACGCAACAGAGUUAUUCAAGAACGUUUCCAACAUUCUGGUGAAACGAUAAGCAGGCACUUUAAUAAUGUACUGAAGGCUCUUAAGUCAUUGUCGCGGGAGUUCCUUCAGCCUCCACAACUCGACAUUCCUCCUGAGAUCUUUAGAAACAAUCGGUUCUAUCCAUAUUUCAAGGAUUGCAUUGGUGUAAUAGAUGGUUUGCACCUUCCUGCUCAUGUACCAGCCAAGGAUCAAUCUCGUUUUCGCAACAAAAAAGGAUACUUAUCACAAAAUGUGUUGGCUGCUUGCACUUUUGAUCUUCAAUUCAUAUUUGUCUAUCCUGGUUGGGAAGGCUCAGCUGCCGAUUCACGUGUAUUAAGAGCCGUUCUUGAUGAUCCAGAUCAGAACUUUCCUCCAAUUCCUGAAGGGAAAUACUAUCUUGUUGAUGCGGGCUAUUUCAAUUCUGAGGGUUUUGUUGCACCAUUUGAAGGAGUUCGUUAUGGCCUCCAUGAAUACGGAGGUGCUAAUCAAUUGCCAAGGAAUGCGAAAGAGUUGUUCAAUAACCGUCAUGCAUCAUUGGGGAUUGCUAUUCAGAAGUCAUUUCAUGUCCUAAAAACAAGAUUUCCCAUCCUCACCAUUGCUACUCAAUAUGCUUUUCACACGCAAAGGGAUAUUGUCAUCGCAGCAUGUGUUCUUCACAAUUUCAUUCGAAGUGAAGAGAGGAACGAUUGGCUGUUUGAUGAGGUUGAUGGGUCACCAAUUGAAGAAAUUCCCGACGUAGAUGACCAACUUGAUCCGCUGCUCGCUUUUCCCCACGAUCAAGAGCAGAUGGGAUACGACUUGCGCGACAUAAUUGCUGCUGACAUGUGGAAUGACUUCAUCAAUCAUUGGGAUCAAUGGUGAUUUAUUGUGGUUCCCAAAACAGAUAUUUUUUUUGUUCUGUUGUAAUGAUAUCUUUGCACGGAGAAACCAUAUACUCCGUAUUAAGCAGCCGCUGCAGAUAAAGAAGCAUAUAUGUAUUAAAUUAGUUCUAAAAUCUCUUAACGAACGCAUGUUUGUUCCUGGUAUUUCAAAACUCUUGCAUUCUUUUGCUAACUGAUUAG